AUGAGGUCAGUGUGGGCCUCCCUCCCCCAACACCGCUGGCUGCUUCUGGCGAUGCUCUUUCUUGAGGUUGUGGGCGAUGACAUACUAUUUGACCCCAACUGGGGGUUUGACUCGUAUGAAAUCACCGUUCCCAAAGAGCUAAGCUUUAGGAAAGGGGAGCAGGGUGUGGACAGUUCUUUGUCGUACCUCUUACAGAUACAAGGCAAGAAGCACGUCAUUCACCUGUGGCCCAAGAAGUUACUGUUGCCCAGACAUUUGCCCGUUUUCUCCUUCACUCAAGAGGGCCGUUUGGUAGAGGAUUACCCACACGUACCAAACGAGUGCAAUUACAUGGGCUCCGUGGAAGGCUCUCAGGAAUCUGGGACUACUCUGAGUACAUGCAUGGGGGGUCUGCGAGGCAUCUUGAACAUAGACUCCAGUUAUUACCAAAUCGAGCCCCUCGUGGCCUCUUCCAGUUUUGAACACGUUGUGUAUCUCCUAAAUAAGGACGAAUUUAGCAGGCAGAGCUGUGGUGUGGUUGAUGAAGAAACCAAGGAGGAAACCGCCCAGCAAGAGGAAAUGGCUAGAAUAGAUACCUUUCAUCAAUCCUACCAUCACCGAAAGUUCUUGGAACUGGUCAUGGUCUUUAAUUGGGAGAGAUUUGUGUUUUUACAAAAGAAUUUUUCUAGAGUCGUUGAUGAUGCUAUUCUUCUAGCUUCAAUUGUGGAUACCUACUUUCAGGAUGUCGGGUUGAGGAUCCAGCUAAAAGGACUUGAAGUUUGGUCGAAUAAUGACAAAAUUUUUACUCACUUUCCCACUUUGGCCGAAGUGUUAGGUCAGUUCGUACUGUACAAAAGAGUGGCGUUGCAUUUCCGGCUUCCCUCGGACUGGGCACAUCUGUAUCUCGGGAUACGUUAUUCAGAUGCUGUUGCCUGGUCCUGGGGAAGAGCAUGUGAAGAGUACCAUGCUGGAUCGGCAAGCAGCUUACUUGAUGUAAGUAUCCUGGGACCUGCUACUUGGACCGCUCAUGAAGUGGGCCACUGUGUGGGGAUGAGACAUGAUGAGGAGUACUGUCAAUGCAGAGGCAGGAAGAGCUGUGUCAUGGGCACAGGACGCACAGGGUUUAGUAACUGUAGUUACCAGCAGUAUUUUAAACAUGUAGGCUAUAAAAUGUCGCAUUGUCUAUCUGACAUCCCAGGACGAGGCUAUGUGGUUAAGAGGUGUGGAAACAAAAUUGUUGAAGACCAAGAGGAAUGUGACUGCGGUUCCACAGAAGACUGCAAAGAAGACCUGUGCUGUGGGCCAGACUGUAAAUGGAAAGAAGGCGUCAACUGCUCCACUGGGCUGUGUUGUCAUAAGUGUGGCUUUCUUCCAGCAGGCCAUGUGUGCAGGCGGGAGGAGAAUGAAUGUGACCUUGCCGAGUACUGUGACGGGUUCUCGGGCGUCUGUCCAGAUGACGUUUACAAGCAGGAUGGAACUCCCUGCAAACACGAAGGACUUUGUUUCAAUAAGGGAUGCAGGUCCAGGUACAUGCAGUGCCAGGGCAUCUUUGGAACGACUGCCAAGGAGGCUCCUCACCAAUGUUAUGAUGCAGUUAAUAUGAUAGGCGAUCAGUAUGGUAACUGUGGCAUCUUAAAUGCUACUCGAUAUCAAAGGUGUAAUAGGGACAACGCGAUCUGUGGCAGGCUACAGUGUAUGAACGUCAAAGCCAUCUCCAAUUUGCCAGAGCACACUACUAUACUGUCCACCUAUCUGAAGACAGAUAAUCUCCUAUGCUGGGGCACAGGCUAUCAUGGAGCCAUGAUACCCCAUGGGAUACCUGAUGUAGGCGAUGUUAGUGAUGGCACCUCCUGUGGCCAUGACCAGGUGUGUAUUAACAGAACUUGCGUUGAUGUCGUCAACCUGAAGUUUGACUGCUUGCCCUACAAGUGCAAUAGCCGAGGUGUCUGCAACAACAGAAGGAACUGCCACUGCAUGUAUGGCUGGGAACCCCCGUUCUGCGAAGAGGUAGGAUUUGGUGGGAGCGUUGACAGUGGACCUCCUGGACCUAUGGCAGAGGAAGUGCUCCCAUCAUUUCGAGUUAAGUACAUUAUGCUGAUACGUGUUUUUUUAUUCGUCAUCUCGGUGAUCUUUGUGGUUUUUAAGCAGCUGGUUAAAAAUUUGUUUCAUAAAAACCAGCAAAAAGAACCAGAGCAGACUCAAUCUGAAACAGAUGAUGACAUGUCAGAAAUGUAA